AGUAACAUAUAAAUUGAGUAAAUAAUAUCUUUACGAUACGAAUAGUCGUAAAUGAAAAUAUAUUAGUUCCCCUCGCGAGUCUGUCAACAACAAUUCCGACAGCUGAAAAUUCGCAUCGCCGAAGACGGCGCGCCCUCAGUUUCGAAUAUAAACGCUGUGUCCUCGGUUCCAACGAAUCGCCCGAUUUGCAGAUUUCUCGUCAUCGAAAAUGUUUAAAAAAAGGUGGUAAAGGUGAACGUGCUACGACCAUGCCUCGUGUCCGGCCUGCCACGUAAAAAUCGUCGACCGUACGCGGGUGGUGCUCGAAGAUCGCAAAAAGAAGACAUCGGCGCGUCUGCGACAUCGUCGAAGGGACUCUUGGAAUCGUCGAAAUCGGGAUUGUAAUAAAUUCGCGAGUAAAACCGCGGAGAUUAUUCGGCCUGCGGAUCCGGGCAGUUGUCGACGGAAGUUUGAGACAGUCUGGCAGAUCGAUCGAAGGGUUUCUAAUGUGAGAGAGACGCUCGAAUCCUCGAUGAGACCUCUGAGGAACGUGUGAGCGGAAAAUGCAUCGGUCGGUUGGAAGCAUGUGAGUAAAUGGCCGUGACGGGUUCCCGCCAUCCUCUCAACGACCUACUAUGGGCACCUGCCUGGACACUGAUCAACAAGAUGGAUCGCAAGUGUUCGAGGAGGCCGAUGCUCGAAAUACAGGAAAAUGGCGUGGGGAGGCAGGCCUUUUGGCGACCCCUCCGAACGGUUAUUUUCCGCAACAAAACGUUGGUCCGAUCAAAUUUGAAGUACCUCAAGUGCCUGUCAUAUUCGUUCUUGGUGGUCCCGGAAGUGGAAAGGUGACACAUUGUGAUAACUUAAUGCAGGAGAAGAAGGGCAUCACGCACAUUAAUAUGAUGGACCUUCUUCAACAGUACGCUUUAGGAAAUGAUAUGCAAGAUUUCGGGCAGCUUAGUAGUAAAACAGUCGCCGAGGUCCUCAUGCUCGAAAUCAAGAUGUCACCAGGGGCCAAAGUUUUUCUCGUCAGCGGUUACCCGCGAAAUAUGCGCGACGUAGUCGAAUACGCCGAAAAAAUAAAAAUUGUGAACGGCGUGAUCCUCGUUUCUUGGAGGCAAGAGAUCCUCGAAAGGCAAAUCGAUUUUGGCGCUCAACUCGGCCAAGUGGUCAUCGAGCUCGCCAGAAUGGAACUUUAUAAUUUUUAUAGAAACGUGAUGCCUGUCGCGGAGUAUUUUGAUCAAAGCGGAAUGUUGCUAGAGGUGAACGGAGAAAGAAAUCCAAACGACGUUUACGUCGACUUUCGCGAAGCAGUUUUCAAAAUUCUCGGCCUGUCGACCGAAGACGUGAAGGAUAAAAAUGUUCCUCCAUCUUUAGAGGCGGAGGUAGAAGUAGAAAGGAGGAAAGAAUCCGUGUCGAAGUCGCCGCCGCCGAAGAAAGAGGAUCCGGCGACGGAGAUACCGCUGCCGCCGGCUGUGAUAAACGAGAAACCUGCGAAAACCGCUAGUAAACCUAGAAAAGGGUUGCCUUCGUUUAUCUGGGUUAUAGGUGGUCCGGGAAGCAACAAAGACAACCUGUGCACCCAAGCUGUCCGCAACAUGCCAGGCUGGGUGCACAUCAGCGUAGGAUCUCUGCUGAGGACGAUGACGUCCUCGAACACCAUCGUGAAGGAUGCGGUCGUGUCCGGCGAGCUGGUCCCGCAGGACAUAGUGAUGCAAGUUCUCGAGCAACAGAUUAUCUUAAAUCGCGACACGGACGGCGUGAUUAUAGACGGUUAUCCGAGGGACUUGGAUCAAGUCGAAGAAUUCCAGAACAAGUUUGGCCAACAUCCACCCCUGGUGCUGCUGGACUGCUCGAAAUUGCAACUCGGCAGAGGGCGGCUGGACGAUAGUGUUUCAGCGUUUAAGAAAAAAUUGGACCUCUUCCGGGAAAUGUCGUUGCCUAUGCUGAAGACAUUUGACAGCGAGAAUCGUCUGACGAUUAUCGACGGCGACACAGACGUGCCAAGCGUGCAACAAGAAUUUGCGGCUGCACUUUAUCAAAUGAUGACCCAAGCGCGACGCAAAGGAGGGGGCGCGCCUCGGCCGCAGUUGUCGAACGGCGACGACAACGAGGCGAACGGGGAUCCCGUGAUUAAGAACAAUAGGGACCAAACGAUCAUUCCAAACGGUAUCCUCAAAGAAGCGAGCAACGUACUUCCAGCGAUCGAGAACGUGAAGAACGCUAGGAAAAACGUGAACGGUCUCUCACUGGCGGGAGCCGUGCAAAUCACGAACGGAUUGAGGCACAGCCUGCGGCAGGUUAAGAAGGACGGAGCUGCUCGAGCACAAAACGGAAUCGCGAACGGUGCCGCGCACAUGCUGCAGAACGGAGUCGCGCAUUUAGCGAACGGGAUACCUGGUAACAACAAAGUGGCGCCGGCCGUUCAGAAUUAUCUACCCAACGAGACCAAGGAUACCGUGAGGAAAAUGUACAACGAGGUCGAGGGUUACCAGCAGAAUCUGCAUAUGUAGACCUUCGACUAGAACAAAAAGAAAGAAGAACAUAGCAGAUAAGAGACUUAAAUGUAACAGUGUGGACGAGCCACAGAAUAGAUCUGACAUUCGAUGGAAGUUUGAUCAAACUUAAAGAAAUUGUUCCGUUGCAACAGCGUAUCAGGUUGAGUCAUUCAGCUCUUUUUUAUCAGACAUUUAUUUUGUUUUGUUUUUCAGUUAUAUUCUUUUGUUUUUUGACUGGAUUUAUUUUGACUG